AUAGAUAUUUCAUAUCGAGUGUUCGUUUCUACGCGGUUGAUUCUUAGUUUCCGUACUUAACAAAAAGAAAAAAGUUUGAUAAUGUAAAUAUUCCCAUGAUAAAUUGUUUAUACGUGACUAUCUCUCAUCGAGUUGGAAGACUUCCGGCAAAUGGAGCACUUUGCGGAAAUCCUUGAGAGCUUACGGUGGUUACGCGGUUGACACUGAUGCUACUUCACAAGAAGAGAAAGGAAAUGAAGAAUUUCAAAGAUCUUUCACGCUCCAUUGAAUCCAAAUCUAUACGAUACAGUAACAUUUAUUCGGAUUCUGAAAACGAGUCUAGUAAUUUGGUACAACUUGCUAAGAACAAUAAAAAUGAAACCGCACGUAAACCUCCAUCAACAACUGCGCAAUAUGAUGUAGUUCAAAAACAUUAUCCCUAUGCCACAAACGCGAUCAUUAACACUUUUAUUAAAGAAUGGCUACGUCGCGCGCCUGAGAAAUGCGGCAAAGAUGUAGAAGUAGCAGCAGCUGCACCUGAAAUUACAAAUGUCGAUGAUGCAAAUACUAAUAAUUAA